CCAGUUUAGUGAUGAGACAGUUUACAUGAAAAUGGGGACGUUGUGGCUCGGUUUUUGUCUGUUCAUCUUUUGGAUAACCGAUGCCAUAGCACUUCGUGACGUGCAGCUAAUAGCGCCAUCUGCCGUCAAACUCGGGGACACAGUGCUCCUCGGCUGCAAGUGGACUCUAGAAGGCAAUGAGACCUUAUACAGUGUGAAGUGGUACAGAGGCCGGCAGGAGUUCUUCAGCUACCUGCCUAAAGAGUACCCGUUCACCAGGAUCUUUGCGCAACCUGGGAUUGAGGUUGAUGUGUCAAGAUCGACCUCCCAGCAAGUGGUACUUCGCGAGGCGACGCGCGCUCUCGCCGGCAGAUACCGAUGCGAAGUGUCGGCCGACGCGCCUUCCUUCCACACUCAAGUGCGGUCAGCAUACAUACACGUUGUCGAACUACCUCCAGAGAAACCAACAAUAAAGGCAGAAAAAGGCUGGUAUGCAUCAGGAGACUCCCUCAGAGCGCAGUGCUCAUCUCCUCCCGCUGAUCCUCCUGCUAACCUCACGUGGCUGCUCAAUGGAAGAGAUAUCCAAGGCAAGCCGAUAAUCCAGCAGAGGAUUCUACCAAGUCCCGUGGUGUCUAUAGAUGCCCCCCACACUUUCAGAAGUACCCCAACUCCUAUAGAUGAACACAACAACAUUAUAUUCAGCCCAUGGAAGGCUUUUGGGCCUUUUGUCGACACCAUACAGGAAGGUGAGCUCCUGCCCAGUCAAGACACCGUGGUGUUACCAUCACCUCGUCAUCACGACAGUUCGAUGGAUGAAGACGCCACGGACCCGAUGCCUACACCAGAAACUUCAAAUAAAGUAGCAUCAAUAAGCCAACUAUCCUUCAUGGUGAGACCAGACAGCUUCGAGCGCGGCCAGCUGCGACUGACGUGCAUCUCCACGGUACACUCAGUGUACAGUGAACAAGCAGAGCUGGUCAUCAAUGAGGAGCGGCCUCAGAUCGCCUCCGUCCUUGGGACUAGGGACGCAGCUGGUCCAGUUGCAGAAUCGCUGCUACUUAUGCUGGUUAGCAGUAUUUUUGCAAUGCAUGACGUCAUACUUAGGAAUAUCCUACGAUGA